AUGAAUCGCAUCACAGUAGUAAACAAAAAUCGCUUUCUUACUAUUCUUCAAGACAGAUCAAGACCUCUGAUCACAGUAUCUAAUCACAGAAGCAACAUGGAUGACCCUCUUAUUUGGUGUCUUUUCACGUGGCCGGAAUUCUUUUCCAACGUGUCGCGAUUCAGAUAUACGUUAGCGGCGAAUGAUAUUUGUUUCACUAAGAGCUGGCAUAGCUGGUUUUUUUCAUUAGGUAAAUGUAUCCCUGUUGUGCGUGGAGCGGGUGUUCAUCAAGAAGGAGUUGACUUUUGCAUCGAUAAACUUGCAAAAAAUGGGUGGAUACAUAUCUUUCCCGAAGGUAAAGUUACAUUGGAACCAGUACGAAUCAAAUGGGGUGUAGCGCGUAUGAUAAUGGAUAGUCCAAAUCCUCCAAUCGUUCUUCCUAUAUGGAUACAACGCAUGGCCGAAGUAUGGCCACAAUCAAAGCCUUAUUAUCCGCGUUUAGGAAAACACGUUACAAUAACGAUAGGUAAGGAACUGGAUAUGAAGGAAUAUAUGUCGAGUUUCCAUAGUGAUUCGGAAAUAGCAAAACGAAAAGCACUUGCAGAUUUCGUUCAAGAAAAAUUGUAUGAUUUGGGAUCUCAAAUUACCCAAAGAAAGUCAUAA